AUGCUGUAUGUGUCCGAAUACAAGGCCCCGCACAAGCGGACCGCUCCACACCUGCGCGUCGGUCUGCAUCCCAUGGAUAUCUUCAAAGACGUGGUCAAUCGGAAAACAAUACCUGCCGCGGCCGAUCCCGACGGUCGAUUCCAGUAUCAUGCCGAGAGGCUCACCGCUGCGGCUAUCACACAGACCUACAACUACAUGAUCGAAGGGGAGUGUGCCGGGUUCUUGCCAGUCUACUCGCAAGAAUACAAUGAGGUGGCAGCGCAAUCGGGGGAACACCACGCUUGCACCGCAGUUGGCCAGUACCUGGCAUUCAGCCUGAUGGCUCUCGGCCCGCCAGGGAACCCACCCAAUGUUCGAUCGCAGGAUGAGCGGCAGCGAGUGAUCUUGGGGCUGAGGCGAUGGGCAGAGGACUUGGAGACGACAUUGCGAUAUAUUCCCCGAGACGAGCGAUACGCUCCGAGCGGCUCAAGCUCCGGCUCGCUGUAUGCGCCGACGACUUAUGCAGGCAUCAGCCGGUCACCGCGCGUGCCUCGAACAAGACCCAGUUGGGCUCAGGAAGAGGACCGUCCAGAUGUGCAGCCAAGAUGUAGGGACCGGGACGACGAGUCUUCGUCGGAUAAGUCCUCGGCUCCGAUGCCGGACACCCCGACACCGUCUGAGCCGCGGUCGAGUAGUCAGAGCCAAGGCCCACGGCGCAGCCAGCGCAUUCUGGGCCGAGCGCCACGCGAGGAAACUUCACAAGAGCGACAGUACUGCACACAGCGAUGUCUUCUAGGACUGGUCAGAAGAGGCACGGUACGGCUUGUGCGUCGAAGGGAUUCACUUCAUAGUCGGCUCUGCGCCGCAAUCAGGCUCUGGUCGUCGAACCGCAACGAAGAUAUCGUUGAGCGGGCGGCGCGGCUUCGCGGCCAAUCUUCCAUUGAGCCUUACGGCGCGCCGUAUGGAAGGUAUCUGACUGUCGUCGUCCUCGGGCUUAGCGGCCAAGCGCCGGGCAAGACGUCGGAAGCAGUCCGCAAGCCGGCUUGA